GUGCAAUACUACACCGCUCGUAAGACGCCAGUAUACGCAUGUUUCCUGGACCUGUCCAGGGCUUUCGACUUGGUCUCGUACGACCUGCUGUGGACUAAAAUGUAUCAAGACACUAGUCUACCCCCUGAAAUUGUAUCAGUAUUGAAGUACUGGUACAAUAAUCAGAAUAACGCUGUUAGGUGGGCGGCUAGUAAGUCGGAUGAAUAUAAGUUAGAGUGUGGGGUGCGGCAGGGAGGGUUGACCUCACCGAAGUUAUUUAAUUUAUACAUGGACCGCCUGAUUGGUGAACUGAGCGGCACCGGCAUCGGGUGUCACAUAGAUGGGAUUUGCGUAAAUAAUAUAAGCUACGCGGAUGAUAUGGUCCUGCUCAGUCCCUCAAUCGGCGCGCUGCGGAAGCUACUCAGUAUAUGUGAGGAGUAUGCGGAGGCCCAUGGGCUCAGGUACAAUGUUAAAAAAAGUGAGAUUAUGGUAUUUAAAGCACCUAAAAAAGAGGUCACAGUGGUAUCUCCCGUCUCACUCUAUGGUACACCAUUGAACCAAGUCACUCACUUCAAGUAUCUGGGUCACUGGGUCACCGAGGACCUUAAAGAUGAUAUGGAUGUGGAGAGGGAACGCAGGGCGUUGUCUGUUCGCUGUAACAUGUUGGCUCGCAGAUUCGCACGGUGUACUGAACAAGUGAAGGUCACACUGUUUAGAGCUUUCUGCCAGACCUUUUACACGUGCAGUUUGUGGACCAAAUACACGCAGAGGACAUACAACGCUCUGCGUGUGCAAUACAACAAUGCGUUCAGGGUGCUGAUGGGGCUGCCGCGGUACUGUAGCGCCAGUAGCAUGUUCGCGGAGGCGCGCGUGGACGGCUUUUACGCCGUCAUACGCAAGCGAAGUGCGUCUUUAUUGUCCCGGGUGCGCGGCAGCCCUAACGCCAUCCUGGCCGCGUGCGGAGGCCGGUGGGACUCUGUGCUUAUAGCGCACUGUAUAGGCCUACACGCGAAAGCAAGUGCCUGAAAUAUAUUUUUUCAUUUUUGUCAUGCUAUUACUAACAUAGGCUAAGAACACUGUUACUAACAAUUUAUGGAAGCAAUUCUGAAAUAAAUUUUAUUAUUAUUAUU